AUGUCAGACAUAGACCAUGUGAGUGUAUCAGAAGCUACCCAGCCUCGUUUAGAGCUGGAACUGCAGACUGGUUUUGAGUCGGUAAAUGAUAUACUGGCUGUGGAUCAGAAUGUAGCCGAGACAGGUAUGCGAAUCAUUGAAGGUAACCAGGAAUUACAGGACGAAGAGGAAGCGGAAGAAGUAACAACUGAAUCACCCCUGUUAUCUGAUAUAAUCAAUUCACAAGAGUCAGAACAGCUGGAAAUAUUACCUGAAUUUUCGAAAGUUCUGCUCAAUACACCAAAGCGUGAGGAAUCUAUCGCGUCACACACACCUCUUUCUAGAUCACCGUCAUCAUCCUCAUCAUCAUCUUCAUCAUCUUUUGACGCAUCAAGUCCAUUUGUUCUGAAUCCAGAUAUUGUGGUACCACAAGAUAUACGACUACAAGAUUAUAGUACUUUGUCAUCACCCGAAAGAGACCACGAAUUACCAGAAGAAUUAGAAGUAGAAGAAGAUAAUUCAAAAGAAAGUAUUGCCGAACCAAUAAAUGACAUGGAAAUUGUUGAAAAUACACUUGAUUCAGCACAUUUUGAUGAAACAAGGUAUCAAUUAGAUCGUGAUUUAGAUAUUGAUAGUACUAGUUCUCAAAAAUCAUAUCUAGAUAAAGGAAAGAGAUAUAGUUAUACAGGAAAUCAUACCAAUGGUUCUGCCCCAUGGCGACAAUUAAGAUCAUCCAAACUAUACAUCAACUCUCCACCUUCUAUCAAAUCCAAAUUUACCACUACCACAUCUCAACCAAUGGAAUCAUAUCUCAGUUCAAACAAUGCUAAAGUUGAAGAUCUUAAUAAACAAAUUAUGGGGUAUAGAAUUGAAAUUAGAUUGUUAAAGAAUUUUUUACAAAGAAUUAUUCAAGAUAAUCAAGAAAAUGAUGAAUUUAACAUUGGAGAUCUUAGAGAAUUACAACAUAAUUUCAAUUUAAGUGAAAUUGGAUCUGAUAGACUGAGUAAAGAACGAGAAUUAAGUAAUUUACAAGAAGAAUAUCAAAAAUUACAAACUCUAUAUAACAAACAAGAAGACGAAUAUAAUGAAAUUUUCAAACUUAAUGAAGAUUUAUAUUCAAAUUUGGAAUCAUUUCAAAAUGAUUUACAUAAUAAGGAAAGUUUAUUAAAUAGAACCAAUGGUCAAAUCAAAGAAUGGUCCCAAUUUCUCGAUCAGGUAUUGAGUAAGAUACUAACUAGUUCCAAUUCUAUUGAAGUGAUCAGUGAAAUACGUGAUAUAUUUGAACAUGACGAAGGAUCAAUUUCACCCAAUGCGAUAAAUACUAAACUUCAAAUAAUAAAGAGAGAAAUUGAAGUCUAUGGACAACAAAGAGCAAUAUAUCCACUGCCACCUUCAACAACAGGAGAUAACCAAAAUCAAUAUCAGCAUAAUAAUAACAGUAACGGUAAAUUAAGUUCUACGGAAAUUCAAGGAUACAUUAGAACAAUUGAAGAUUUAAUGAAAACAUUGGCCACAUUACAAAAUGAAAUUAAAUUUCAUAUUAAUAAUACUACAAGAGUUGAAUCUGAUUUAAGGAGAGAAAUUGAAAUAUCAAGACAAUUGAAGGAUAAUUAUGGAAUUAUUACUGAAAAAUUCAAGACUCUUAGUGAAUCAAUCGAAUUAAAUCAAAUACCUUCAAAUAUUGGAGAAAGUCAUAGAUAUGAAUCACUUCGAGUAGAGAAUCAAAGGCUUUCUAAAUUAAACAAAUCAGUUGAUUUGAAAUUAGAUGAAUAUCAACGAGUGAUCGAUCAUCUUCAAGAAGAAGUCAACAAUUUAAAGGAACAGCUGGAUAUCAAUACAAAGGCAUCAGGAGUAGAUACUACGGAUAUGCAUAAUGUACUUUUAAAUAGUCAUAAAGAAGUCAAUGAACUUCAUAAUGAAUUGCAUGAAUUGACUGAAAAAUAUCGAAAGUUACAGGUGGACACUUCGAAAACCAUAUCUUCUUUAACAAACCAAUUACAAAAUAAGAAACAAGAAACUAUUCUGUUAAAGACUGAUAAGAUUGUAAAUGAAAGGCUUAGACAAGAGUUGGAUAUUGCCGUUGAAAAACAAAGAAUACUUCAAGCAGAAAAGAUUAGACUUAAAUAUUCAGUUGAAUCACUUACAAACGAUAAAGUUGCCUUACAAUCCAAUAUUACUAAUUUAACUGAUAAAAUAACCUCAUACACGGUGGAAAAGGGUGGAUCCGAUGAUGUUUUGUUGAAGAAAUUAAACAUUUUAGAAUAUCAAUUCGAAGAGUUUUUCCUGUUUGAUGUUUUAAAAUUUCAAAGAUUAUUGAAUUCAUUUGUAAAAAUUGCAGAUGAUGCAUCACUUAGAGACCCCAAGAAGAAAAUUGAUUGGCUUGCUAAACAUGUAUUGAAAUCAAAUGAUGAAAGUGAAGGUCCUUCAAGGAAAUGGGAUAUGACUGAUCUGAAGAAACCUUAUCAAUACCAUAAAUCCGUAUUUGAAUAUUUUACCCGUGCAGUCGAUAUUAUAGUUCAUGACCAUGUCAAGCUACUUUUAAAGGAAGGUGAAGAGAAUCGGAAAACUGAAGAUUAUGUUGCAAAAUUGCAACAACGCAUUGAAGAACUUAAUGCAGUCAAUGACGCGCUUACCGAUGUAUCUGAAUCCACGACGGAUGCCAAUGAAACCACCUCAACAUCACCACGUACCAAGUUGAGAUUGGAAGAAUUGACAAAUAGAUGGAAAGCUGAACGAGAAGCAAGAGUAUACGAGAAUAAGGCCUCACAUAAGAGAUUAAGAGAAUUGGAAGUUGAAAAUGCCAAGUUACGAAAUGAGUUAUCAAGAUUGGAAUAA